AUGAUAAUCAGCGAAGUAGCCAAAUAUUACAAAGACCAGUACGCCGAGUCUCAACGAGAACACAUACGACGUCUUCUUCAGGAGAAACGGCCGAGCAAUGGCCCGUUUGCCAGACAGGUGGCUGCCGUGAGCCAUCUGAUGGACAAGUAUAUGGAUUCGGACGCCCAAUCGGCCGCGUUGGACGUGGUGUUAGAGUCUGGGAUCUACGACAAGCUCGAGCCGUUUGCCGACGAGCCAGAUUACAUUGACAGACUUGUCAAGUCGCUGCUUGAGUGGUACAAGAACGAGUUUUUCCAGUGGAUCAACAAACCGGCGUGCGAGUGCGGCAAUAGCGACCAGAACCAGAUCCAGCCUCUGCAGCCGAUGCGGCCGUACACUCGGGCCCAUUUCGAAGGCCAGGCUGGCAUUGUUGAACGGUACAAGUGCGGAAAGUGCUCGAAAACCAUCGAGUUCCCCAGAUACAACAACCCAAAGACCCUGCUAUCGUUCCGCAAGGGCAGAUGCGGCGAGUGGAACAACUGCUUUAUUUUGAUUCUGUGUUCUCUGGGACUUAACGUAAGGUAUGUUUGGAACGCCGAGGAUCACGUGUGGUGCGAGUUCUUCUCAAAGAACCUCAAUCGAUGGAUCCAUCUCGACAGCUGCGAAAACCAGUUUGACAACCCAACGCUCUACUGCACCGGAUGGGGCAAGAAGAUGUCGUAUGUGUUUGCAAUUCACAGAAACUACAUCGCAGAUGUUUCUGCCAAAUACAUCAAGAAAAACCAGCUGCCAAGAGAUAAGAUCUCGGAGCAACAGCUUGCAGACACCAUGGCAUACAUUAACCUCACCAAAUGGCUCACUCUGGACACAGAAGACUUGCUGACGACUCUCGCAGACUUCAUGAACGACUCCCGAACACGCACAUUGGCCCCAACGCCGUCGCCCGCUAAACAGCUCCCGCGCCAGAGCGGUGCUCCCGAAUGGACAGCCACUCGCGGCGAGGCUGGAUCACGUAAUCAAUAG